AUGCCUCCAUCAUCAUCAACAUCAUUAUCUGGCGCAUCAACACCCCUUGGCGAUCCCCCUACGAGCCCUCUUCCAACAACGGAGCCCUCCCCUAAUUCCAAUGCAUCGAGCACCAAACCUCCCGGGGAUCCUUCGCGCCGCCAAUCGAUCUGGACUCGCACCCACCUCACGACCGAGAUUACACUAGAGCAUGCUGAUAUUCCCAUAAUAGCGUGUUGUUUCGUAUCAGGACUAUGUGACUCUUCCUCUUACAAUGCUUGGAACUGUUUCGUUUCCAUGCAAACUGGCAACACCAUCUUUCUCGCGUUGGGGGCGUCUGGGCAGCCAAUAUCUCGUCCAUACGGCUGGCUCAGGUCCCUAACCUCCAUAGCCUUCUUCCUCCUUGGCUGCCUGUUCUUCGCAUGGUCUCGAUUCAUACGUCCUAAAACACGUGGGACUCUCGCCGCGUCGUUCUUCCUACAGAGUGUGUGUAUCGUAAUAGCCGCUGCUCUUGUCGAGUGCGAUAUUGUGCCUUCGCCGCAUGGUCUUGUUCCGAGCGAUGCACUCGAUUUUAUGGAAUUGGUACCUCUAGCGUUCCUUGCCUUUCAAUCUGGAGGGCAGAUUGUAACCUCUCGAAUCCUCGGUUUCAAUGAGGUCCCUACAACUGUCUUAACAAGCGUUUACUGCGAUAUCGCCAGUGACCCCAGGAUAUUGGCCCGAGAUAACGUGAAACGCAACCGAAGAGUUGCGGCGGUGGUCUGUAUCCUGAUUGGGGGUAUUGCUGGAGGUUGGAUUAGUAGGAGCGCGGCCGGGUUGUCUACGAACUUUUGGAUUGCGGCUGCCAUCAAAAUGGGAAUUGGGUUGGGUUGGUUGGUAUGGAAGCCAAAACCAAUGAUAGCACUAUGA